AUGACCUUCAACUUCCUCGCCCUCCCCCCCGAAAUCCGCCUCCAGAUCUACCCCUACCUCUUCAACCCCAGCAAAUACAGAUCCAGCUACAAGCGCAUCACACGCCUCACAUCCGAAGCCGAAGAGGAAGCCAAAAGCCACUGCGACGACAAUGUCCAGCGCCGCUUUAUCCCGGACGUCUCACUUCCCAGAAUCUACCUCGACCGGUCAACGCCAUCCAUCCUCCUCGUCAACCGGCAGAUCACAUCAGAGGCCCUCCCUGUCCUCUACGGCACAACGCUCACGGUGUCCAGCACGCCGACGACAUACCUGGCGAUGUGGCAGAUGGACCUAGCGGAGUUUAUCUGCGAGACGCUGCUGCAGCGGAUGCAGUUUGUGGUGCUGAAGCUGGCGGCGCCCGAGAAGUACUUUGUGUUUGAGUUGUUGGAGAUUUGGGGGGUGAGGAAUGAGCUGAAGAGGCUUGUUCUGCUUGUGCCGGUGGAAAGGCCGUAUUAUGAUAUCACGAAGGCGCAGUGGGAUCUUGUUGAGAGGCGGUUGAGGACGUUUGCGCAGAAUGGCGGGUUUGCGUUUGAGAUGCAGGUUGAGCAGGCGAAAGGUUGA